AUUCUUCUGUGGGGAAACUUCAUGGUAAUGGCAUUUGCAUUAAGCAGCAAGAUGCUGCUAUCAGCAAUUAUUGGUAGAGGCUGAACUUUCCCACAAGAGAGUGGGAGAUUUUUUUUUAAUACAUUAUUCACAGGAACGUGCUCCAGAACUCAGCUGUUGUCUUCUUCAUUUAACCUCUUCAGGCAAGAAGCCACUUCAUGAUGGAUUCCAUGUCUAGACCCAUCACUGAGUUUUGCCUCGAUCUCUACAAAAAGCUCAACAGAAAUGCAGAGGAUACAAAUAUUGUCUUCUCUCCUAUGAGCGUCUCUGUUGCCCUGGCCCUGAUCCAUCUUGGUGCAAAAAACAACACUGCUGCUCAGAUAGAGAAAGUGCUCCAUGUCAGGAAAGCUGCAGGAAGAAUGAGUCUUGGAUCUGAUCACGAGAGUGCAGCCCCAGAAAUGGAGCCAGAAGGAAGCCUGGAGAGUCAGUCUUCCUCCUCAGAGUGUAACAAGGAAGGAGACCUUAACCAUAAAGUGUUCCAGGAGCUGCUUUUGCAACUACAAAAUCUUGGUGAAAAGUACAUUUUAACCUUGGCCAACAAUCUCUUUAUGCAACAAGGAUUUGAGCUCCGUCAGAUGUGUGCACUCGGCCAGAGGAGAACCUACAGCCAAAACCGGCCUAUUCAAUCUGUCUGUAAACUGCCUACUCCAGGUCUUGCAAGUGGGACAGCUGAGGCAGCACAAUUUCUAAUGUGUAGCAAGGAACUGUAUGGAGCAGUGCUGCAAACAGUGGACUUUCAUGGUGCUGUUGAAGCUGCCAGAAGAAAAAUUAAUGCUUGGGUUGAAAGUGAGACACAAGGUAAAAUCAAGGAACUCUUUGCACCUGGUGUGAUUGAUGGACAUGCAUUGCUGGUGCUUGUGAAUGUAAUCUACUUUAAAGCAUCCUGGGAACACAAAUUUGAGGAAGAAAAAACAGUUCAGAGGGAUUUUAAACUGAAUCAGAAUAGAAAGAAACCUGUGCAGAUGAUGUAUCAGAAAGGCAAAUUUAAACUGGGCUACAUUGAGGAGGUGGGUGCUCAGAUCCUUGAACUCCCUUAUGCUCAGCAGUCACUGAGCAUGAUCAUCCUGCUGCCAGGGGAUGUGGCUGAUGGAUCUGUCAGUGGGCUGGAGCAGAUUGAAAGCACAAUCACCUAUGAAAAUUUAAUGAUGUGGGCCUCCUCAGAGGCCAUGUUUGAGACAACAGUCGAGGUUUACCUGCCCCGAUUCAAGCUGGAAGGCACCUUUAACCUCAACCAGGUUCUACAGGAGAUGGGGAUGACUGACAUUUUCACUGAAUCAAAAGUUGACCUUUCUGCAAUGACAUUUGCAAAGUCUCUGGUGCUGUCAAACGUUGUCCACAAGGCCUAUGUGGAAGUCAAUGAGGAAGGCACGGUGGCGGCGGCUGGCACAGGAGCUUCCAUUGCCAGGAGGUCUCUGCCUCUCACAGAGGUGUUCAUGGCUAAUCACCCUUUCCUAUUCUUUAUUAGACACAAUCCUACCAAUACUAUCACUUUCUUUGGCAAACUCUGCUCACCUUAAAAUCAGGGCUGUUUUCUAACACUGUGAGAUGUACCUGGAUGAAAAGCAGAAAUUGUAUUUUUCUCCCAAAUGCUUUCUUAAUCCUUUGAUAGCUUGCUUGUACUUCAAAAUAAUCACUGCAGCCAGUUUUGUUUAGAACCUAUGAAUCAAAUGGUCUGCCACUAGGCUCCUUGAAUUGUAAAUAUUGAUCUGGAUCCAGAAUAUGAGUAAAUUUAACCUUAAGCUUGCU